CUUCGCGACUAGUAAUCUAGUAAUAAUACAUUAGUAGAUGGCAAUUCCUAAUGUUUUGCUGGGCUGGCGAUGGCAAGAUGUAUAUUUCUGUGUGUGAAGUUGGGCCGGCCUGGUGGGAGCUACGCCGAGAUACUUUUAGAAGGCGGAGUUUGCUGGGGGCUACGCUGCUAGUGCUGAGAAGCAGAUGUACCACGAUGUACCGUACCGGAUCGUCGCGGCCAAGAUGGUUCAGUUGUAUUUUUAGCGUGGAACGAGAGACACAAUACUAAGAAAGAAAGAAAAUACAAUAAUGACACAAUUAUUAAUGGACGGGAAAUUGGUUGAGCUCAAGAUAAUAAAUAAUAAUAGAGAUUAUUCGACAGUUUGGAAAAGAAGUGGCCGCAUAAUCAAGUCAGGUCUGUCUAUCUGUCCAGCAGAAGUUUCAGCGCCCAUCGCAACGUUUGUUUCUAUUCGGAGAGCGAUCUGCCUUGAACAAAAUAUCCUCCAGCAAGCCGCCAGGCCUUGGAUGUUCCAGGUUCCGGAUGAUGCUCCACUUGCUGCGCUAACAGCCACAGUAACUUAUAAUAAUAAUAGUAAGAAGUACGGGGAGUACGGGGAGUCGCCUGUACUCCGUACUGUACGCAGCGUAGUUCCUCUGUACGGAGGGAUGGUUAUGCGAAUAUUGUAGUAUGUAGUUAUUAGUGGUUGAAACUCAAUCAAAGUGCGAAGAAGAGAGACAAGACCGCGGGCGAUAAAUAGUUAAUAUUAUUCUGAAACAAUAGAAUCACCAUGCCGAAUAGCGAAUAGACAGGUAGAGAGAGAGAGAGAGAGAGAGAGACACCAGAACAAACAGUGGAUAUGUAUCUUAAAUUGCCUGUUCUCCCUUCCAAGCCAUA